UUCGGUCUGAAGUUACCACAACAGGAAGCGUCACUGUGCUAAAAACAGUGGAGUAGGAAAAGUGCAACAAAACGCUGUCGAACACGAAGCUGCAGGAAAUGUUUCCUUUUAAGAAAAUGUGUUAAUUUGUGAAAUAAUAUUUGUUAUAAUCCACAACUUGUCUUCAUUUGAUCGUCAUCCAUCUUGAGAACUGUCGCAUUUGCGUCACUAGCAGCCCUCGAUAGGUUGUGUUGACCAAAAUGGAUGACAGCAAGAUGGUGGGAGGCAAAGUCAAGAAACCCGGUAAACGAGGCCGUAAACCCGCUAAGAUUGAUCUGAAAGCGAAGUUGGAGAGGAGCAGGCAGAGCGCCCGGGAGUGCCGAGCCAGGAAGAAGCUCCGGUAUCAGUACCUGGAGGAACUCGUGUCCAGCAAGGAGAGGGCCAUCUGCGCCCUGAGGGAGGAGCUGGAGAUGUACAAGCAGUGGUGUACAGCCAUGGACCAGGGGAAGAUCCCGUCUGAGAUAAAGGCCCUACUGACAGGAGAUGAACAGAAGCCUCCUCAGAGCUCCUCCACCAAGAGCUCCAAGAACAGCAACCAGAGCUAAAUGUGUUGGGAGUGCCAGACCAGAACUAUUCUGACUGUCAGUUUGUUAGAGGUGGCAGCCCUGGGUUGUAUUCAUUAGGGAAAUUAUAUCAAACGUUGUGCAACAGAAAACAGGGUGUUCAUAUAAUACCUACCCCCUUUCUCCAUCCUGUUUGUUGCCCUGGUGAAUACGACCCAGAGCGAGUCUGUCUGAUGAAAGAUUCCAGGCCAGAGCUAGGCAGUAGGUACUCGGUCUGUCAUGCCAGACCGCUCCACUGUAUAAGGCCUCUGUGACGGAGAGUGAAGAGGUGUCUCACCGGUCUGUCUGUUUCAGCCCCUCUAGAGGAGAGACGCACAGCAACAGAACUGUCAGAGACACAUAUCAUUACUAACGCUGGAAGACCUUCAGAGUAAUAGCUCGUAUUAUUUACAGUUGUAAUCCACAUCACUGGCCUGAUUUAUCAUGCGUGGUUCACUAUUGCAACGCUUGGAUUCGUUAAUGUUAGUAAUGUGAGAUGUUAUUAGUUGCAGCUAUAGACGCCUUUAGACAGCCUGUAUUAUUGAACAGUUCAUUUGAAUUUCCUCUUGAUGUUUUAGCUUCUACGUGAGGAAGCGUUUUAAUGGUACAUGGAAGAAACCAGGACAGAAGAAGUGAA